AUGUUCAGCAACAUCCUUCGCAGGCUACAGGGAGGGAACUUGGAAGUUUUCAAGUUCGGCCUCUAUAUUGGAUUCCCCAUAGGGUGGAUGUACUACUUUGGAACCAACUUGGAAGAACGGUUCAGCGUCCCCGACUUCUGGCCGACUACAGCGCACUCCCAUAAAAUACCUACAGACAAGGGCGAGAUAGACAAGGAAUUGGCCCGGAUGAACGAACAGAGAGCAAAACGGUUACUGGAGAAGCAAAGAAUCCAGAAGGAAUUCGAAAACGUUUCGGCCACCUCGAACUCGAGUGCGGAAUAG